AUGAUAAAAAUCGUGCAGCGAAAGCCGAUAUAUGAUUCCAGGUUAUGUACGCUUCGGGUAACGCGGCUGCGCGUCUGUGGAGCGCUUGGCGAUGCCGGCGGCGGCGCCGCUGGCGGGGCUGGUGCGGGCGCCGUCAUCCUCGCGGCACGCAUGCACAGCAGCAAGCGCACGUUGCGUUCCAACGACAUCACCAUACCGCCGAUGGACGUCGAACUGGACCUCUGCUUUUCGCUUCAGUACCCGCAUUUCGUGAAACGGGACGGUAACAGAUUGCAAAUCAUGCUACAGAGGCGUAAGAAAUACAAAAACCGUACUAUCCUUGGAUAUAAAACUCUGGCUGAAGGUGUCAUCCGAAUGGAUCAAGUUCUCCAACGUUCGAUGGAUAUGGAAUUAGAACUGAUCGGGGUAGGUGGGAAAGUGGGUGCAGCCGCAGGGCAGCCGGUGGCGAAGCUGUCGAUCACCGGCUUGGCUUCGACGCCAGUCGAUCACGACACGAAGAACAACAAUACACUGCUUAUAACCGAGCGAGGCUACUCUGACGAGGAAGAAGAGGGCGAAUUCAGUUCAGUAGAAGAAGCAGAUGACAUGACGUAUGGAGCACCAGCCCGGCGACGCACACAUCGGCAACUAGCUUUUAACAAGGCGGACCUUUCUUAUACAAAGUUGUCGCGUUCCCGCGACAUAAGCUUCAUGGAGCGAGAAAGGAAAAGGCAAAGCUAUAUAAGUUCAAAGGCGCACGAGAGGGACAGCGAUAGUGAGCUCGAGCACGCGUCAGCCAAGCGCAAGGGCAGCCGCGGGAAGCUCGCGCAACGUAACUUGAAGCAGAAGUUCGCUGCGUUGCUGCGUCGCUUCCGUGUGCCGGAGGAAUUAUCGGAGCGUGGGGCGGCGCGCGACACACACAAUGCCCAGCGUGACAUCGACGAGCUGUUCCAAGAACUAGAAUCACUCUCGUGUGGCGAAGGUGAAGAUUCCGGACCUGAUCAGAUGGACACUAUCAGCAUCGGUUCGACGCCCAAGCCGUCCCUCCGGCCGUUCUUCAGCAGCUCCCGGAGCCUCGCCAACCCAGAACACCACAGGCAUUCCAAUGUGACGCGACACGCGAGCCUCGCGUCCGCCGCCGAGCUGAGCGCAGUGCGAGAACGGAACGUCGCUACCGUCCCGUUCGCAGAAUCGGAGGCGAUCCGCAGCUCCGCGGGCGACGAGCGCGCCAGCGACGGCAACAGCGACGGUGACGUCACCGUCGAAGCCCCAGUCUCCGGGGCUAGCGUGUCCAGCUCGCCGCCCAACGAGACUAAGGAGGAUAAGAGAUCUAGGUUGUUCCGGAGCGCCACCAGCGGCAGCAACCUGACCCCGGCCACAGCGGGGCGCAAGAAGAACUCCCUCGUCAGUGGAAUGGACCGACCUCUGUCCGCACACGAGUUGCCGGUACACAGCCCAACUACACUCGAGCCACGUCGGACGAUGAUGGAGCAGAUCUCCCGGCUCCUGGCGGAGGACGGUCCGGCCCCGGAGUGCGUGGCGGUGGUGGGGGCGGGCGGCGUGGCCACCGCACUGCACGCGCUGGCCGUGCCCACCGUGGUGGUGCCGUGGCCGCACGCGCCCGACGUCAGGCCGCUGCUGCAAGCUUUGUAUUCCAGACCCGUCAAACAGAGCUCGCGUCGCUCGUGGAUGCGCGUGGCGGUGUGCGGCGGCGACGCGGCGUGCGCGAGCGCGCUGCGGGCGCACUGUGAGUUGGCGGCGCGGCGCCCGCACGACGCGCCCCCCGUGCGCUUCUACAUCAUACCCACAGGUGCAAACACGGUGUCACGUUAUCUGUCUGCGAACGAUUCCGGAUACGCGGCGCUGUUCUCGAGCGACUCGUGGCCGGCGCUGUGCGAGCGCGCCGCCGAGAUGUCGCCCCCGGACAUCACCGAGAUGUCUUCCAGGAUCGCCAGGUAUCUAAACAGCAUCGGUCCAGUCGUUAAUAUACCCAUAGGUGAGGCUAUGGUUGCCUACAGAGAUAAAUCAGGAGACGAGGACGCUAGUCAAACGUUCGUUCCGUUUAUAGCCGAGGUGCGAAUAGGUUGCAGCGAGGGUGGCGUGUCGUCUCUGGAGCUGGAGGAGGGCGGGUCUCCCCCCGCUCGACCCUCGCCCCCCGGCACGCCCGCCCCACACGUCGACCUCGCGCCCGCCCUGCACCGCGCCGAGCCGCUCGACAUACAGCUCGAUUACUGGCUGGUACCAGGUCGGCAGCAAGAAGGAACAGACAGUAAGGUGACAGUGAAGGCGUCGUUCAGAGCCCUUCACGUAACUCGUCAAAAUGCACACCUCUGCAUCACCUACCUUACUAAGGAGAAGAAACAGAAAAUAAUGCGACUUGGCAAGAAAAAAGAGAAAGGGGGCGAACAAGAAGUGGGACGCACCCAGACAGUGGACGGUGUGGCCAGACUCAUCUGCUCUGCAAAGAGCUCGCACAAUCAACCACUCAAAGUAUUUAUCGACGGAACAGAGUGGAAUGGGGUUAAAUUUUUCCAACUGUCGACACAGUGGCAGACGCACGUCAAGACCUUCCCCGUGGCGACCUGCGGAGCUCCCCUCGCCCCUCCAGAGACCUAAGGGCGCGUUGAUCUUUUAUCGGUAUUUCUCGCUUUCGCUUCAAAGGGGCCGAUGUCGCUCGAUCGUCAAACGUUGGUUGGCAGGUUUGACGUUACGUAGUCUCGCAACGGUCCACCUCCGGAUGCAUUCCGGUCGAAUCAGGGCUCUAAAUAAAGUCGAACUGUAUUAGGCUUGUCGAUAUUUAUCAUUACAAUGACUUGCUACAUAAUUGUAUUAUCAUUUCAAUAUCGAUAUUUAUUAAAUUGUCGAGCUGCCAUUGUAUUGUAGGAGCGUAGUGGUGUAGCUUUUGUUGUGUAGCUUGGGUUAUAUCGACAACGUCGCGGGGCUACUAUUAAAUGUUUCAAAUUAAAUUUGUUAUUUUAUCAAAUAAUAUUAUUUACAUUAACUGUCAUAACAAUGAGUUGCAGUUAUGUGUGAUGUUUAAUAAAUUUUAUAUCAAUAUGGUAAUAUGUAAUUAUUAUCGACUGUGUAAAUGCAUGCUACGCAGUUUUUAU